AUGGAUCUCGACUACGACCCCAUCUACUGCGUGGAGCAAAUCCAGAUCCCUCCCGCGCUCCCCGACAUUCUCAAGGGCUUCGCCAAGGAGGCCAUCCGAUUGCAGCCGCCCUGCCUCCACGAGUUUGCCUGCACUUACUUCCAGCGCCUCCUCGCCACCGCCAAAUUGGACGCCACCGCGCCUCCUCCCACGCUCGCCCAACUCCAAGCAGUAUGGGUGGAUCUCAAGGACACGGAAUCCAUGAACCCCGAAACUCUCCGCGAGAUUUGCGCCUCUCACGGCAUUGCCUCGGCCGCCUUCUCCAAAGUCUUCCAGCUUAUCGAGUUUCCAUCCGACCCCGUCGAUCCAAAGGAGAUUCUCGUGCUGCUCGUCACCACAACAGCAAAGAGCUUCGUAGCGGUUAUUGAUGCGCUCUUCAAAGUCUUUGGACACAAAACAGGUGGUAAGAUGUCAGUGCCUCUCUUCUUCAAGGUUUUGUUCUUUAUGGCCAAAAGAGACAGGGACAUCUCCCCCCAGACUGUGAGCGACCUCACAAAAUCACUUGCGGACAAAGACUGGGUCUCUUUUGGCGAAGUUCGAAGCAGUCCACACAUGCAACACUACUUCAAUACGAAACCAUAGCCACGACGUGACAAAUGGAGAUCUCUGAAAGACACCUU